AUGUCCAGACGGUUUCAGCUGAUCUCAAGCGAGCGCCAUUCGCUGAGGAAUGGCGGUCAAGGAAUGGAUGCAGAGAUAACCCCACUGCUCAAGGCACAUGAGGGCUGCAUUUCGGUGAUCUUCAUCUUUUGGAUCUUCUUUGUGAUCGUGGCCUUCUGCGCUCGUAGGUAUGACCCCGACCCCACCUGGUUCACCUUCUUCAGCAUUUUAGCAUUGAUUUGCGUCAUUUGGGGCAUCGUCUCGGGGUUAGCCAACCUACACAAAUACGAAGCUCCUUACUUCACGCUGCUGGAGAUGUCGGUGGCCACUGGGGUCAACGGCACCGGCGUCAACCCCUCUGUGAUCUCGGGCGAAGACGUCAUGGAUGCGGGGCUGAUCACCUUCCAGGCUGGCAGCUCCUUCGAUGCCACGAAGGCAUGGCACUUCAUGAAGGGGACCUUGUACUGUGUGGCGCCCAUCCUUGGUCCUGGCGUGUCGGUGCCAAUGCGACAAACCUAUGACUUCUGGGCCAUAGGGAAGGACUGCUGUAGCAUCACGGCCUCGGACUUCCGCUGUGGCUCUUGGGGCUCCACCCAGGCGGACUUUGUUUUUUUGGGCCGCGUUUUUGGUGCGGUGCCGUAA